AUGGCGGACGACAGUCAUCGUCGAUUGCUGAAUGAAUUGAAUAGUUUGAAUAUUCGGGCUCAACGAAAUAAUAAUAAUGGCACUACGUUAUAUGAGCAGUUCAAAAAGUUGGAAGACUUUGAAGCCAAGAAGAGGAGCGAAAAGGAUCCGCCACCGAAAGAUCCCAAGAAAGUCAUCACAAAAGAUGAGGCACAAAAAUUGAGAGAGUCGGUAUGAAUUCUUUAUUUGGCGUAUUUUAUCGCAAAAAUAUAUUUUUUUCUAUUUUUUCCCUUCGCCUGUCAAAAUAAAUACAUUUUUGAACUAACAAAUAUUUGAAGGUUCUUCGAGCCAACCGACCAGUCAAUCCUUGGUUUACAUCGGAAGAUAUAAAUCGUUACAAGAAUUUGACUUCUCCCACAAACAUUGAUAUGGCAUCACCAAGAUCUGCAGCGUCCCCUUCGCCUGUCCGGAAGGUUGAUCCCAGGCCGGAGCCACUUUAUUCUCCACCGGAGAAAAGAUUCGAAUCCGUGCAAAAGGAAAGACGCAUCCCGGUUAGAGUUGUAAGUAAUUGAAGCAGUAGGUCUGUGUAAGGGAAUUCACAGUUGGAGAUGUUGCUUUUAUGCUGCAAUCUUGAUCUACAUUUGGUAUCAGUGAAAAUAUUUUUCUCUGAUCGUCUCUCCAUAUUUUCGGGUCUUUCUCGUCUGUAAAGAUGGUUAAAUAUGCAUAUAUCUCGGCUGAGUUGCGGUUAUAAGACACCAAGUGGUAUCUUUUGGUGCAGUGACAAAACAGAUUAUUUUUAGGAACGAACUGAGCACCACUAUGAGAACCCACAACCCAAAAAGUCUGAGCCGUUGAGGUCAGUGUUGAACACCAAGCCCCAAAUGAAACGACUGGUUGAUUUUGUCCCUUCGGUUCAACGUGGAGUACCCAAUCGAAACAUGACACAGACAAUUGAGAACUUCACACAUUUGAAAGAGCUGGAAUUGAUUGAAGCUGAAACUCAGAAACGUAAAGUCAGACUGGAACAGCACAUGGAAAGGCAGAAGAACACAGCCAACAGUGACGGGCGAUCUUCCGCUUCUACCUAUUACUUUGUGAGCAAUUUGAAAAUACUUUUUUUUGUUUGUUGACAAUCUUGUUCAAGGACAUAUAAAACGUCACUGUCGAUUAUCACCGUUCUUUGUAAAACUUCUCUAUUCAUUUUCAGAGCGAUGACAGCUCCGAAUCUCCAUCGAAAUGUGAAGAUAUUUAUGUGCAAAGGAGUCAACUGCCAAAAUGUGAAAAUUGCUUUAGCACCAUCAACGAUGUUGUAAGUUUGGCUUUUAAAUAGAGAAAAGGGACUACACCUUUACGUUUUACCUUGAAUUUAAAGAGGAAAGGCAUAGCAUAAAGACAGCUUUUACAAGAUCUAUUUCAGAUCCUUCAAGCGUUGGGAAAAAGUUUCCAUCCGACUUGUUUCCGGUGUUAUCAUUGUAAUAUGUGCUUGGACGGGAUUCCCUUUGCUUCCGAUGCAAAUGACCGUGUUUAUUGCGUGCCUGAUUACGAAAAAUUGUUUGUCCCAAUUUGUACAAGGUGUCAGGAUCCCGUCAAUCUGAAUGGAGUGAGUUGAAAACAUGUUUUAAACCGCGUCAGACAUGCAUGCGUAUUUUACAAACAAAAUAAUUUCUCUUGUCACCGUGUUUAGAAGCCAAUUCCCAAAUCGCUGAGCCCAAUGUACACAGAUAUCAUGAAGAAUCAGUCCAGAGUCAACGAUUUCUCAUAUUCUCAGCCCAACCCUUGGUCACACAAUUAUCGGCGAUAA